AUGGCGGGAGCAGCGACCCCGGAUUCAAAUAACUGGACAACCCCUACGGCAACUCCGAGCCAGGCUUGGACACAGAGGAAUAACGGCGAUCUCCAGGAGAACCAAGAAGUCUCUAAUGAUGACACCAUGGAUAUGGACAAUGCGCGUUCAGAAUAUCCCGUAAUUUUGGUCACCAAAGAAGAAAAGAAAAGGCUACGAAGACCUUGGCGCAGGUCCCUUAUUAUUAGAGUCUUGGGCAGAACAGUGGGAUAUGCAUACUUGUUGCAGAGACUUCAGCGAAUGUGGAAGCCGGAAGCGGUGUUUAAUCUGAUUGAGUUGAAUCAUGGAUACUUCAUUGCCAAGUUCGAAUCGCGGAGAGACUAUGAAUUCGCAAAGUACGAGGGGCCAUGGAAGAUAUUAGAUCACUAUCUUGUGGUGCAAGAAUGGGAGCCCAAUUUCGACACAAGAAACAACAAGACGACAAAGCUAUUGCCAUUACUGUCAAGAUUUGUCCUGAAUGAAAAAGAAUGGCCAAUCGAGUACGAGGGAAUCCAUCUUGUAUGCUUCAACUGUGGAACAUAUGGUCAUCGACAUGAGCAAUGCGGGAAAGACGAGAAUGGGAAUGACAUUGCAGCAGCACGCGAGGAAACGAGAACCAACACUAAGGUGGAUGACUCCAGAAUAAAGUUUGAAUCAAAGUUCAUUAACAUCAUUACUAAAGAAGUACUAGUGGUGCUGAAUUUUAUGCCGAUGAAUGUUGCAAAGCGCCCAGUUGGAAUUGAUUCUCGUGUUAGAGAUAUACUUGAUAUAUUAAAAAUUCAAACAAAUGAUGGUGUCCAAAUGAUUGGAAUUUUUGGUAUGGGCGGUAUAGGAAAAUCAACCCUUGCUAAAGCCAUAUAUAAUCACUUGAUCGUGGGGUGUCAAGGGUUUGACAGUAGUUGCUUUGUUGCAAGCAUUAGAUCAGAAAUUUCUAAGGGACAUAAUGGUCUAGUUGGUUUACAAAGGAAGCUUCUUCGCAAAAUACUCAAGAUAAAAGAAUUUGAUAUAGGUAAUGUUGAUGAAGGAAUAAGUUUGAUUAAAGCAAGAUUGAAAUCAAAAAGAGUUCUUAUUGUUCUUGAUGAAAUAGACCACAUAAGCCAACUAGAAUCAUUAGCGGGACAAAGAAAUUGGUUUGGUUUGGGUAGCGUUGUUAUAAUAACGACUAGAAAUGCUCAUUUGUUGAGUGACCUUAGAGCACAUGAGAAGUACGAGAUUGAAGCGUUAAGCUGUAAUGAAUCUUUACAACUUUUAAGUUGGCAUGCUUUUGGUGUUCCUAUACCACCAACUGAUUAUACUCAAGUAUCCGAAAGAAUAGUAAGUUAUACUGGUGGACUUCCAUUAGCACUUACAGUUUUAGGCUCUCAUUUGCGUGGAAGAUCAGUGAAAGAAUGGAGCAAUAACAUUGAGAAAUUAAGGUUGAUGCCUCCUGAUGAUGUCCAAGAAAUUCUUAGAAUAAGCUAUGACACACUUGAUGAUGACAUUCAAAGCACCUUCCUUGAUAUUGCUUGUAUUUUCAUUGGAUUAGACAAAAAUGAUACUAUUCAAGAUUUUGGCUUUCGAUAUGAAAUUGGAAUAAGAACUUUGACAGAAAGAUGCUUGUUAACAAUACAUAGAAACAGAGAAAAAGAGAAACUCCAAAUGCAUGAUUUAGUGCGGGAAAUGGCAAGAAGUAUUGUUCGAAAGGAAUGCCCUCGAGAUCCUUGCAAACGAAGUAGAGUUAUGGACCCAGAUGAUGUCUAUGAAGUGCUGCAUGGCGACAAGGGCACAGAAGCAAUUGAAGGGAUGUAUGUAGAUUCUAAUAUGUUAAAAAAUGAGCCUUUGAGUACCAAAAUAUUCUCAAGAAUGAAAAAAUUACGACUACUCAAAUUGGAUGGUGUUCAUCUCAAAGGAUCUUUUAAACAUUUGCCGAAGGAGCUUAGAUGGCUUUGGUGGCAUAAUUGUAAUUCAAGAAGCAUAUCAUCUGAUUUUCGACAUGCAAACCUUGAAGUGUUACACUUGCAGGGUAGCAAGAUCAAUCGAGUUCAACUCAGUAUGCAGCAUUUCAAAAGCUUGAAGAUCUUAAAUCUUGGUGGCUGUGAACAACUUAUAAAGACGCCAAACUUCACCGGGACACCGAGUCUUCAGAUACUGUGCUUUAAGCAUUGUUCAAAUUUGGUCCAAUUACACCCCUCAAUUGGGAGUUUGGAGAGGCUUAUUCAGUUAGAUUUGACAUUUUGCGAGAAGCUGAAGGAGCUUCCAAUUAACAUUUGCCACAUAAAAUCACUUCAAUUUUUAUACCUAAGUUAUUGCUCCACACUUCAAGAAUUCCCCAUUGAGUUGGGAAAAUUGAAGCAACUAAGAAAAUUACUUGCUCAUAGCACUAACAUCUCACAUUUGCCAUUUUCUUUGGGAUGUUUGAGAAACCUGAAGAUCCUGUCUGUUGGGCGCCACAACCAUUUCUUACAACCAAAAUUAAAAUCCCAUCUUCCAAAUUCUAAUCUUAUUGGCUUUUUCCCACCUACAGUUGCAAAUUUAUGUUUCUUGGAAGCUCUAUAUAUAACCGACAACUAUCUGCGUGAGAUAGAUCUUCCCAUUAAUCUUCAGAGAUUGUCCUCUUUGAAAGUUUUAAGUUUAAGAGGAAGUUAUUGUGUUGAGAGUUUACCCUUCACCCUUUUACACCUUUCUAGAUUGGAAAACCUUGAAUUGGAGGAAUGCCUCAAUCUCAAAGAACUCCAACAACUUCCUCAUAGUUUAGAGAAACUCUCGGCAAAAGGUUGUGUCUCAUUGGAAAAAAUAGCAAGCAUAUCAAACUUGAAAAGACUUAAGGAGUUGUACCUUCCUAACUGUAAAAGUUUAGUUGAGCUUCCAGGUCUGGAGAGCCUUGAUUCCAUACAAAGACUUGAGAUAACAAAUUGUACUGCUCUGAGUAUCCCGUUGAUUGAAAGCUGCUUUCAGGCUACAUUGCAUAGAUUGAUUAGAAGAAACUAUGAAGGUUUUUUAAGGGUUUUUGACCUUCGGAAUGAGGGCAAGCGUAUCAUUAAGACCUUCUCGGAGAAUACCAUUGUUCAUAAAGUCCUUAGUGUAAUUGAUAAGCGACUUACCCACUGUAUUCCAAGAUUUCUGAUGAAUCCUGCAUGGAAACCAUCGAGUCUCGGAGCUUUAAAGAGUGCCAUGUCGAAGAAUGCGUUCUUGACCUCAUCAUCCGUACAAUCCUUGUAA